AUGAGCUCCGCGGAGAAUAAAGCCGAUGACAACACGGAUUCAAGACAGCAGGCAGAAGACGAAUUUGAAACUGUUAGUCACGAGGACGCCGAGACUGCAGCAAACACGGACAACAAGGCAAACGCAAACAAGGACGACCUGCAAUUGACCCGUUUUGAUAACGAUCUUAGAGACGUUGAGGACGAUAGUGACGACGAUGAGCAAGGAAUGGCGCAUCACCCGAUUUUCGGUAUGCUCGCUGGUCGUUUAGGUCAACGGAGACGUGGCUCGUCGCACAAAUACGACAAGCUUCAUCCAGAAAACCAAGUCUUGACAAUUGCGAACGUGGACGAAUGUGUUGAAGUUGAACAUGAUGCUUUCCCGGAGCAAGAAAGGGCAAGCAGAGAAAAGUUUGAAUACAGGUUGUCGCGUUGUCCUGAGCUGUCCCUUGGUAUCUUUACUCAACCCACAAAGGCCGAGAUGGAAGAAGGUUCCGAUGAAAAACGGAAAUUGAUCGCCAUCAUUGUUGCGACCAGAACUCAAGCACCAUCUGUUACUGAUGCAUCUAUGGACUAUCCCAAAGACUGGAAGACAGACAAGAGGACCUUGUCUACGUCCGGUAACAAAGAACCACUUGGUCAUCAGGAGAAUGGUGCUACUAUUUGUAUACAUUCUCUUGCGGUGCGUUCGGAGUAUCAAUCUAUGGGCAUCGGCAGCGUUUUGUUACGCUCCUAUAUUCAACGCAUCAAGGAUGCAAAGAUCGCCGAUCGACUGGCCCUUCUCGCGCAUGACGAGAUGAAGAAGUUCUAUGGCAGAUUCGGUUUCGAUGAUAUGGGGCCAAGUCAGUGUACCUUUGGAGCUGCAAACUGGAACAACAUGAUUCUCGAGUUUUCCGACCUGCAAGACGACUAG